UCCUGUUUGUUUACAUAACAUCCACUUUGCUAUCGGUUUAUAAGUGCAGUUAUCAUCGUGCCUAUAUUGGAUAAUUUCUGCGUGCACUUUUGUUCCCCUGGGUUUGUUGACUAACAGCUAAUUUGUUGGCUUUUUCCCUUUUUGCACGUCUUAAAAUACACGCAAGUACGUUGGUCAGGUUGAAAGGACUAUGUUUAAAUACCAUUUUGCAGAAAAAUAUGAAUCUUACGAACUCGGCAAAGAACGACACCGAUCAAACUAGUCGUGGAAUUAUUGUUAUCAUAAACUCCGUUCUUAACAUUCCAUUGAUGGUCCUUUGUACUAUCGGUAACGCUUUAGUGAUAGCUGCCAUCUUUAGAACUCCUUCGCUCCGCUCACCAUCGUUUAUUCUAAUCUGCGGUUUGGCUGUGUCGGACCUUCUUGUUGGGCGCGUCGUACAACCACUUUAUAUCGCCAAAGAACUGACGGAUAGCUUCUCUGUGUUUCGUAUCUGUGAAGUUGCAGGGUUUGUUUCGUGUGGAGUUUCUCUUUCUACCAUGGCAGCCAUCAGCGUGGACCGAUAUAUUGCUCUGUAUUUCCACUUGAGAUACAAUACCAUGGUAACCACACUUCGAGUCUUUUACACGGUGGUGAUAAUAUGGCUUACCUCUUCCCUGGCUCUGGGUCUUUACUUCUGGAAUAGGGUUAACUAUUUUAUCGUUUCAUUUGUUGGAAUUGGCAUUUGUCUUCUCACAUCCUCGUUUCCCUAUAUCCGGAUAUUUGGGAUAGUUCGACAGCAUCAGUCCCAGAUUCACCUUCAACAGGUGGCAUUACACAUCCCAAAUACUGCAAAUAUUGGGCGAUUGAAGAGAAGUGCCUUUAACACUUUCAUAUUUUAUAUUUUUAUAAUUUUGUUUUAUCUUCCAAAGCUUGUUUCGUUGUGCCUGUAUACAGUUUCAAACAAGAACUGGACAAACGUCUGGAACUUUGCAGAUACUGUGGUGUUUAUGAACUCAUCUAUCAAUCCAAUUUUGUAUUGCUGGCGUCUUGGAGAACUUCGAAAGACGGUUGAUCAAAUGGCAAGGCAGGCGUUAUGUAGAGGUAAUGAGGCAAAUGAGUUAGGAUUCGACAGGGGAGAAAUGAACCACUCCGGACCAUUUGAAAGCGAUAACAAUUCAAAUACAGAAGAUCUCGCUAACAAUGGGGCUAUGGUCAUCAUCAACUGUUUUCUCAAUGUUUCGUUGAUUCUCACAGCCAUUCUGGGCAACGCUUUGGUAUUGACCGCCAUUUUAACUACUCCUUCAUUUCGCUCACCCUCCAUGAUUAUGCUCUGCAAUCUCGCUGUUGCAGACUUUCUCGUGGGACUCAUUACUCAACCGUUUUAUAUUAUAAAGGAACUCACUGAAAACCGUCUUUUGGACAUUCUAUGGGAUACGUUAGCCUAUUCCUUUUGCGGAGUCUCACUGCUGAUCAUUACGGCUAUAAGUGUGGACCGUUUCAUGGCUCUUCACUAUCACCUGCGAUAUUCUAGUUUGGUGACUAUAUCUCGUGUUAAAUUUGUGAUAGCUCUGGUAUGGUGCAUCAACUUUCUUUCAUCGGCUGUUUACUUUUCGAACCACUUUAUCUAUCACUUUGCAAUAGCAGUCAUUACGGGAAUUUGUCUUAUAGUUUCCACCUUUUCUUACAUGGGAAUUUAUCGCAUUGUUCGUCGGCAUCGGUUACAGAUUCACACUCAGCAGGAAGCGAUGCAAUGUUCCACUUCUGAAGACGACCUACAUUAUGUGCGAAUGAAGCAAAGUGCGCUUAACACUUUCAUAUUUUACAUAAUUUUAGUCAUGUGCUAUCUUCCAAUGUACAUUCUGUUGACUCUUCAUGGACUCUCACAGAAACCCUGGCCAACUGAGUGGAACUUUGCCACAACUUUGGUGUUUACGAAUUCUUCUAUCAACCCAUUCUUGUUCUGCUGGCGUUUAAGGGAGCUUCGAGGGGCAGCUGUGAAGACAGCGAAAAAGAUUUUCUGCAUACAAAGCGAAUCAGAAUAGUCAGAGCUACUAAUUUUGGUUUUCAUGUGUUUUUGAAUUGCGGCUAAGUUAGAUGUCAUCAAAAAAACGGGGCAUAUUUUAAUUUGUUUUUUAUGUCGUGUCAUUUUGUUCCUGUUAAUUUUCUCGAAGUAGAUGCAAAAUGGUAGUUUGAUUGCAAAUGUUCACGCAAUGUCAGUCAAACUCGAAAGUUCCAAUUUAGUGUAAUGCUGGCUGUCAUUAUAAAUCAUAAAAAGACUUGUUUUUAAUCAAUUUUAUGAAGGCUAAAAGAACUAUAAAAUUUUAUGAGUCGCUCACAUUGAAUUCGGCAUCGAUUACAAUUAUCGUCAAAAAUAUAUAUAUAUAUUCAAAAACGCAUGGGAAAUCAUCGUUGUUAUAUACACAACUUAACCAGAUGUGAAAAUAAAACCUGGAAAGAAAAUACAUGCUAGAUCUUUAUUUUCACAAUUGCUUAAGUUGUGCUUACAACUGUCAUAAUUUCCACGCCUUUAAAAUCUUUCUCGCAUUUCAAAAUAUGAUCUC